UCCCUCCCCAGGGCACAGGGGCCCUCGAAGGGCCACAGCGCAACACCCCAGGACAUCCUGAGGGGCCACAGCGCAAGGACCCCAGGAUGCCAGUGGGACCACAGCACCAGGAUUCCAGUUGGGGUCACAGUGCAAGGACCCCAGGAUGCUCCGAGGGGCCACCCUGUGAAGAAUCCCAGGGUCCACAGCUCUAGAGCCCCAGGCCCUCCUGAGGGAGAUCGGAUCCAGAAACCUGCUUCUGGUGCAGCCGCCGUGUGGAUGCUAAGAGUUUAGGGUCAACCCUGACUCUGCUCCCUGCACCCCAGUUUCCCUAUCUUUAAAGUAAAGACGCUAAGCAGAUGUAGGUCGGAUGUCUGCAGGAGCAAAAGUCAUCUGCAGCCAGGAUCAGCCAGAACCUGGGCGGAUCUCCUGGUUUGGGCAGCCGGACCAUGUGACCUGAUUGCCAUGGCACCUGUGGUCACAAUCGGCCAGGGCCACGGGUCUCUGAGGCCUCGACCCCGCCCACUCCCGCUUCCCGAGAACUGUUGAGGGCCUUCCCGCCCUCCGGGGCCCACACACCCACGAAGGCACUUCAAGCUUCUGGGCACUCUGUGAGGCGAAGGCCAGUCCGAGUCAAACCAGGUAGACCCUGCCUGCCCUGUGAGACUCCAGGACGACAAUGAACGAGGUGAAAGAGACCCUCCGAAGCAUCGAGCAGAAAUACAAGCUCUUCCAGCAGCAACAGUUCACCUUCAUUGCGGCUCUGGAGCACUGCAGGGAGAACGCUCACGACAAAAUCCGGCCCAUCUCCAGCAUCGGACAGGUGCAGAGCUACAUGGAACACUACUGCAACAACUCUACGGACCGGAGAAUCCUGCUCAUGUUCCUGGACAUCUGCUCGGAACUCAACAGGCUCUGCCAGCACUUUGAGGCCCUGCACUCUGGCACCCCUGUCACCAACAGCCUUCUCGAGAAAUGCAAAACCAUGGUUAGCCAAAGCAAUGACUUGAGCUGCCUCAGAGCAAAGUACCCACAUGACGUAGUAAACCACCUCAGCUGUGAUGAGGCCAGGAACCACUACGGAGGCGUGGUCAGCCUCAUCCCUAUAGUCCUGGACUUAAUGAAAGAGUGGAUUGCUCAUUCCGAGAAGCUGCCUCGCAAAGUGCUGCAGCAUGUGAGUGAGAUCCUGGGUAGCCAGGGAGCCGCUGCAGCAGCCGCUACCAGACCUGUCCAGACCACGGUUACCAAGCACUGGUUAGGAAAACACAAGUAUAGGCAGCUUGAAAAUGAGAGCCUCAAAUCUAGGGGGAAAGACAAAGGCGCCCAGAAGCCUCCCUGGAAACCACCUGGUGGGAAACUGUAACUCACUGUCAACGUACUUGGCUUCCACGGGUCAUCCGUUCUUACUGGGGGCCAAUACACAAUUGAGAAUCUCUCUCUUGCUUUUCACUUCUAACAUUUCCGCCUCUUGACCUCCGUGUUGAUGAAAACGCUCCUUACUCAUGGAGCCGCCCAAACAAUAUGGUGUUGGUUGGGCAUGUCCCAGAGGAAGGGUGUUGUGCUGAUGCCCAGGCCUCCUGCCCAUGCUGUGGCCUCUGGCUCUGUAGGGGGCAGCAAUUGGAGGGAGGUCCACUUCGCUCCUUGUCUUGACAAGGGCAAGAUGGAGAUGAGCUACAAGGUCUGUCAUGAACAAGUUAGGGGGAAGGGACCAGGAGGCUGAACUCAACUGUGUUCAGUUCCCUGGACCAAAACAAGGGAUGAAUGCUCUUCUUAGUCAGGAGAGGGAGAGCAUGGCAGACAUGGCAGAACUUUUCUGUGGCUCUUGAGCAGGACAAUGGCCUGGUCUCUGCAGAAGUCUAGACUGUCCACACUGUAGAUGUAUACUCCUGGCUUCUCAGCUGCCAGAAGUGAGCUCUGACUGUUGGUUUUUCCCUUCACAGGGGACGACUUAGCUUCUGUAUUGUUGCUUCCUCGGGGGGAGACAUUCAAGAAUAAAGUGUUCUACCAUU